AUUGCUCACUUAUCAGCUGUUGAUGACGUCGCCACCCGAGACUUUAAAACCCCGGGAAUGGAGGACGACAUCAGAACUUAUGUACUGAACACAGCAAGUGAAAGUCGGCUGACGAAACUCAACAGUCGAAAUGAAACUGUUACCCCUUACCUGUGUCGCUGUGACAUUGCUGGUCGUCUACCUGAGCACGGCCGAAGGGAGGCGCUCCGACGGGGAUAUAAGAAGGUCCGCGAAGGACGCCAUUAAAGCAGGGGAGAAAACCCUAAACGAUCACAAAAAGGAGCUCAAACAAUUCAAAGACAAGGGAAUUGACAGGAAGGGAAAGGCGUCCAAGGACCGACACAGCGUGGUGACCCAAUCACGGAGGGAGGCGGACCACCUCGCCGAAGCCGGACUGGUGUCUGUGGAAGUUACCAAAAUACUGACAGAACAAGAAGGCCUGACUCUUGCAGAAGUGUCUUCUAGCCCGGAAGUCCAGGAGGAGUUCCGGUCCGAGUUUUGUCCGGUUCCGAUCAGCUGCUCCCAGGCCCGAGACAGCGCCUACCGCUCGGUGGACGGAAGUUGUAACAACCUGAACAAUCCGCACUGGGGCGCUGCCGUCACACCACAGCCUCGUUAUCAACCCGCACAAUAUGACGAUGGAGUUAACUCCCCGCGAACCACCGCAAUAGAUGACAGUCCCCUUCCCAGCCCACGACUCAUCAGUAACAACCUUUUCCGUGCCCCAGGAGACUGUACGGAGACGGACCACGCCCGUACCCUGAUGGUGAUGGCCUGGGGACAGUUCAUUGACCAUGACAUUGUCGCUACCCCCGUGACACAAGGUGAUGGAGCGCCAAUUACGUGUUGUGGAACCGAAGUGCAAAACAGAGUUGACUGCCUCCCGAUACCCAUCCCGUCCGAUGACCCCCAUUUUAACGACACCUGCAUGGAGUUCGUUAGAUCCGCCCCCGCUCCCGCAGCCGACGGGUGUGAAGCAGGGCCUCGAGAACAGAUCAAUCAGAUAACGUCGUUUAUCGAUGGCGGGGUGGUGUAUGGAGAUACGAACAUGAAAUGGUUGGAACUCGUGGACACAAACACAGGGAGUAUGCUGACCUCUGACGGUGACCUGCUCCCUAGCGGCGGGGGCUGCAGACUGUCUGAUUCUGAGGACUUCUGCCAGCUUGCCGGAGACCACCGCGUCAAUGUGAUCCCGUCCCUGGGCGGUAACCACCUGGUGUUUGUCCGGGAACACAACCGGAUCGUGGAGGAACUCCGGAAAGUCCGGCCGGACUGGGACGCAGCGACCUUGUUCCAAGAGACGAGGAAAAUCAUUGGAGCCCUUCUCCAACAGAUCAACUACCGGGAGUUCCUUCCCAGCAUCCUCCGCGAGGAAGACCUUGUGAAGUACAACCUGAAGCUUCAGUUGACCGGACAUAGCAGCAGUUACAAUAGCAGCAGGAACCCGGGAGCCAAAAACGUGUUCAACGCAGCCGCCUUUAGAUUUGGUCACUCCCAGGUUCCGGGCUCUAUCGCCUACGUGCUCCGGGACUUUAUGACGCGUCUUGAGUCCACCCCGACCGAAUCGACACUCCUGGAUCCGCACAUGCUGAUCACAAGGAGCGGAAGGAAUGUGGCGGACCUGGCGCGAUUUGUUGUUACCUCAAACUCAAUGAAAGUAGACAGUCAUUUAGAGGAUGCUCUCCGGGACCAUCUGUUUGAGGGGCCGGACGGGGUCGGGUUUGACCUCGGGGCUCUUAAUUUACAACGAGGACGAGAUCACGGACUUCCGCCGUAUAACGCAUGGCGUCAGUGGUGCGGACUUCCGGUGGCAACGUCUUUCUCCGAUCUACCCGACAUGAGUGACGAAAACAAAGCGGUGUUUGCCGACCUCUACAGUGACGUUGAUGACAUUGACGUAUUUGCUGGUGGAGUGGCAGAAACACCGCUAGACGGCGCUGCGGUCGGUCCCUUGUUCUCCUGUAUCAUAGGGAACCAGUUUAGAGACGUGAAAGAGGGAGACAGAUACUGGUACGAAAACAGGGGCAGGGAAGGAUUCAGAAGAGAACAACUGGCAGAGAUCAGGAAGGUACGGUUCGCCAAGAUACUGUGUGACAACCUCGGCGUGGACCCCAUCCAACCCGACGUAUUCCACGUCCCCAACCCAAACAAUUCCUGGCAGAGCUGUCAAUCACUCCCUGGUAUUAACUUCUCCGCCUGGAAAAGGAGAUAGAGACCUGUGGAGGCUAUGAGUUUUAUACAUAUUGUAACCCCUUUUAUGUGUAAAUAAAAUUGACGUACACAUAUUGUAACCCCUUUUAUGUGUAAAUAAAAUUGACGUACAUACA